CGCACGUGUUUCUGACGUAGACAACUUCCGCCUCGGACGUCACCGCUGUCAGCAAAGAUGGCGGCGUCCUGUGUGCGGACCGUGGGCUCGUUUCUGGGGAAAUGUACGAAAUGCAGCUCGAGUAUAAAUACAGUAGCCACGCAGGUGCUGCUGAGCAGGCAGGUAUGUGUGAGCUCUGCCCUGUGCAGGAAGAACCUGGCGGCCGCUGGGCCGGAGAAGUUCACCCUGGAGUACAUCCAAAAGCAGGUGGAGGAGUAUGAAAUCGGGAAACGCCACCUGGCCAACAUGAUGGGAGAAGAUUCCGAGAACUUCACCCAGGAGGACAUCGAUAAAAGCAUCGCGUACCUUUUUCCCUCCAGCCUGUUUGAGAAGAGAGCUCGGCCGCUCAUGAAGCAUCCUGAUGAAAUCUUUCCCAAGCAAAGAGCUGUCCAGUGGGGAGCAGACGGGCGGCCCUUUCACUUCCUGUUUUACACCGGCAAGCAGUCCUACUACUCCCUCAUGCAUGAUCUUUAUGGCAAAAUCCUGAAAAUCGAGAAGCACCAAGACCGUCUGAGGGCCAAAGGACUUUUCUCCCAGGAUGCCCAGCUGAUCUCCCUCGGCCCGAGCCGGUGGCUGACAAAGGAGGAGCUGGAGCUGUUACUAGUGGAGACCAUCUCUACUCAUGAUUACGACCGUUUUAUCAAGCUGAUGGAGCGCAUGCUCGCCAUGCCGUACAGCAGCACGGAGGAGGAGUUCGUCCAGCGAUACCGUCGGCAGCUGGAGGCUCAGUCCAUGAAGCAAAUGAUGCCGCCACUGGAGAAGGAUGAAAAUGGCGUGGCCUUUAGCACCGCGGAGGGUCGGAGGAAGACGUCAGACUCAUCGGUGAUCCUGCGGGACUGCGGCUCAGGACACAUUACCAUCAACGGCCAGGACUACCUCCAGUACUUCCCCGUGCUGCAGGACAGAGAGCAGCUGAUGUUCCCGUUGCAGUUCAUGGGCGUGCUGGGCCGCUUCAACUUGGAGUGUACGGUGAGCGGCGGGGGCAGGUCGAGCCAGGCGGGGGCGCUGAGACUCGCCAUUUCCCGUGCGCUGCUCAGCUUCCUGUCUGAGGGAGACGGGGAGGCGAUGAGACAAGCUGGUCUGCUGACCCCUGACCCAAGAGUGAGGGAGAGGAAGAAGCCCGGACAGGAGGGAGCACGACGGAAAUUCACCUGGAAGAAGCGCUGAGGGGCGGAUCAGUUCCACCUGAGCUUGGAUAUAAAACAUUCAAACUGACUUCUGACA